GAGGCUGGCAGGAUGGGCCAUCGCCCCAGGAAGCUGAGCCUCUUGUGAGCAGAAGCAAUGGCCUGAGCCCCCAUGGCUGCCCCUCAGGACCUGGACAUCACUGUGUGGCUGGCCACAGUGCACCUGGAGCAGUAUGCAGACACGUUCCGACAGCAUGGCCUGGCAACAGCGGGUGCAGCCCGGGGCCUGGGCCACGAGGAGCUGAGGCAGUUGGGCAUCAGCGCUACAGGGCACCGGAAACGCAUUCUCCGUCUGCUGCGGGCAGGCGCUGCAGAGGGCUCCGCGGAUCCCCAAUCAGACAGUGUCAUGGAGUCAUCUUCCGGUCCAGACCCCCCAGCCCAGGCUCCCAAGCCUGUGCCCAAACCCAGGACAGUGUUUGGUGGGCUCAGUGGCCCUACCAUCUCCCAGAGGCCUGGGACAAGCCAAGCUCUUCAAGGAUCAGAAGUUUCCGAGAGCCUGGAAGCCAGCCAGAGAUCCCCACCUCUCCCCACCUCCUCCUCCUCUGAGCAGCCUUCAGCCUUGAAUACUCUGAAGAUGAUGCCCAAUGCCCUCUACUUCGGUCUGGACUUGAGAGGAAGGUCACAGGCAGUGCAGGACAUAGCCCCAGACAGCACCCAGAAAGCUGCUCCCACGCCUGCUCUCAGGCCAACAGGCACAGUGCACAUCAUGGACCCAGGUUGCCUGUACUAUGGUGUCCAGCCUGCAGGGACCCCAGGGACCCCCGACAGAAGAGAGGGCAGAGGUGUCUGUCAGGACAGGGUGGACCACAGGCUCAGCAGACAGGAUCUGGAGGCCCGGGAGGAUGCUGGCUAUGCCAGCCUUGAGCUUCCCGGGGACUCCACCCUAUCAGUUCCCACCCUGGACAUUGAGGAGACCAGCGAUGACCUCAUUUCACCCUAUGCCAGCUUCUCGUCCACCACAGACCCUCCUAUGCCCCUGCUCAGUGGCUGGCUGGACAAGCUCUCCCCUCAGGGAAACUACGUCUUCCAGAGACGCUUUGUGCAGUUCAAUGGGAGGAGUCUGAUGUACUUUGGCAGUGACAAGGACCCUUUCCCUAAGGGCGUGAUCCCCUUGACUGCCAUUGAGAUGAUCCGCAGCAACAAGGACAACAAGUUUCAGGUCGUCACCGGCCAGAGGGUGUUUGUGUUCCGGACUGAGAGUGAAGCUCAGCGGGACACCUGGUACUCCACACUGCAAUCCUGCCUGAAGGAACAGCGCCUCCUGGGCCACCCUCGGCCCCCUCAGCCGCACAGGCCCCUCCGCACAGGCAUGCUGGAGUUGCGUGGACACAAGGCCAAGGUGCUGGCGGCCUUGAGCCCAGGAGAGCUGGCGCUGUACAAGAGUGAGCAGGCCUUCUCGCUGGGCAUCGGGAUCUGCUUCAUCGAGUUGCAGGGCUGCAGUGUCCGGGAGACCAAGAGUCGCAGCUUCGACCUGCUCACGCCCCAUCGCUGCUUCAGCUUCACAGCCGAGUCUGGGGGGGUUCGGCAGAGCUGGGCGGCCGCUCUGCAGGAAGCAGUAACCGAGACCCUGUCUGACUACGAGGUGGCUGAGAAGAUUUGGUCUAACCGAGCGAAUCGGCGCUGUGCAGACUGCGGGGCUUCCCAGCCGGACUGGGCCGCCGUCAACCUGGGGGUUGUCAUCUGCAAGCAGUGUGCAGGUCAGCACCGAGCCCUGGGCUCUGGGAUUUCCAAGGUGCAGAGCCUGAAGCUGGACACGAGCGUCUGGAGUAAUGAGAUCGUGCAGUUAUUCAUCGUCCUGGGCAACAGUCGGGCCAACCGCUUUUGGGCAGGGGCAUUACCCCCAGGGGAGGGGCUGCAUCCAGAUGCAUCCCCUGGCCCCCGAGGAGAGUUCAUUUCCCGAAAAUACCGGUUGGGCCUCUUCCGGAAGCCCCAUCCAAAGUAUCCAGAUCACAGCCAGUUUCUGCAGGCUCUGUGUGCAGCUGUGGCCGGACCCAACCUCUUAAAGAACAUGGCCCAACUCCUCUGUGUGGAGGCCUUCGAUGGUGAAGAAGAGCCCUGGUCCCCCUCAGCUCUGGAUGGCAGCUUCCCUGGCCUCUUGUCCCCAGAUCCCUGCCCUGGUGUGUACAACGAGGUGGUAGUGCCUGCCACCUACAGCAGCUUCCUGUACUGUGGUCCCAUCAGCAACAAAGCUGGGCCCCCACCCCCUCGCAGGGGCCGAGAUGCUCCCCCGAGGCUGUGGUGCGUGCUGGGAGCGGCCCUGGAAAUGUUUGUGUCAGAAAGCAGCCCGGAGCCCCUCAGCCUCAUCCAGCCCCAGGAUGUCAUCUGUCUGGGCGUGAGCCCCCCACCCACUGACCCAAGUAACCUUGACAGGUUCCCCUUCUCCUUUGAGCUCAUCCUUACCGGGGGAAGGAUCCAACAUUUUGGGACGGAUGGAGCUGACAGUCUAGAGGCCUGGACCAGUGCCAUGGGCAAGUGGUUCUCCCCUCUGAGCUGUCACCAGCUGCUGGGCCCUGGGCUGCUGCGACUGGGCCGGCUGUGGCUGCGGUCCCCCUCCCACACGGCCCUGGCCUCUGGCCUCUGGCUGUCAGGAUUCGGCCUCCUUCGUGGUGACCACCUCUUCCUGUGUCCAGCACCGGGGCCAGGACCCCCAGCUCCCGAGGACAUGGUGCAUCUGCGGCGGCUACAGGAAAUCAGGCUCCGGCUGGAGGGCGUGUACCGGAAAGGGGGUGCCCGUGCCCGAAGCCUGCGCCUCCUGGCUGAGUUCCGGCGGGAUGCACGGUCAGUGAAGCUCCGGCCAGGGGAGCACUUUGUGGAGGACGUCACUGACACGCUCAAACGCUUCUUUCGAGAGCUGGAUGACCCCGUGACCUCUGCACGCUUGCUGCCUCGCUGGAGGGAGGCUGCUGAGCUGCCGAAGAAGACGCAGCGCCUGGAGAAAUACAAAGAUGUGAUUAGCUGCUUGCCUCGGGUCAACCGCCGUACCCUGGCCACCCUCAUUGGGCAUCUCUAUCGGGUGCAGAAGUGUGCAGCUCUAAACCAGAUGUGCACCCGGAACUUGGCCCUGCUGUUUGCGCCCAGUGUGUUCCAGACCGAUGGGCGGGGGGAGCACGAGGUGCGGGUGCUCCAGGAGCUCAUCGACGGCUACGUCUCUGUCUUUGAUAUCGACUCUGACCAAGUAGCUCAGAUUGACCUGGAGGUCAGUCUUAUCACCACCUGGAAGGAUGUACAGCUGUCCCAGGCCGGAGACCUCAUUAUGGAGGUUUAUAUAGAACAUCAGCUCCCUGACAACUGUGUUACCCUGAAGGUGUCCCCAACACUGACUGCUGAGGAGCUGACUAACCAGGUACUGGAGAUGCGGGGGACAGCAGCUGGUAUGGACUUGUGGGUGACAUUUGAGAUUCGUGAGCAUGGGGAACUUGAGCGGCCGCUGCACCCCAAAGAAAGGGUCCUAGAGCAGGCCCUGCAGUGGUGCCAGCUCCCAGAGCCCUGCUCAGCCUCCCUGCUGCUACGAAAAGUCUCCCUUGCCCAAGCUGGCUGCCUCUUCACAGGUACCCGGCGUGAGAGUCCACGGGUGGGGCUGUUGCGGUGCCGAGAGGAGCCACCCCGAUUCCUGGGAAGUCGCUUCCAGGAGAGAUUCUUUCUAGUGCGCGGCCUCAGCCUGCUACUGCUCAAAGAGAAAAGGAGCUCUAAACCAGAACGAGAGUGGCCUCUGGAAGGUGCCAAAGUCUACCUGGGAAUCCGCAAAAAGCUAAAGCCUCCAACACCGUGGGGCUUCACAUUGAUACUGGAGAAGAUGCACCUCUACCUGUCCUGCACGGAUGAGGAUGAGAUGUGGGACUGGACCACCAGCAUCCUCAAAGCCCAGCACGAUGACCAGCAGCCUGUGGUCUUACGACGACGCUCCUCCUCUGACCUUGCCCGUCAGAAGUUUGGCACUAUGCCCUUGUUGCCCAUCCGUGGGGAUGACAGUGGGGCCACCCUUCUCUCUGCCAAUCAGACCUUGCGGCGACUACAUAACCGGAGGACGCUGUCCAUGUUCUUUCCCAUGAAGUCAUCCCAGGGGUCUGUGGAGGAGCAGGAGGAGCAGGAGGAGCCUGUGUAUGAGGAGCCAGUGUACGAGGAAGUGGGCGCCUUCCCUGAACUGACCGAGGAUGCUGCCACCUCCACCGCUACCAUGCCGGAGUGGACAGCCAAGCCAGAGACCCUCCUCGCCAGUCGGAGGUUCUCUGACCAGCCCCUCCUGUCCAAGGCAGGCCCUCUGGGCUGGGUGGAGAGGCCGCCCGAGCCCCCACCUGGUCCUCCUUCAAAGAGCAGCCCCCAGGCUCCGAGGUCUCUGGAGGAACAGCUGCUCCAGGAGCUUAACAGUCUUAUCCUGAAGAAGGGAGAAGCCACCACUGGCUUUGGCAGCCCCUCCCAGCCUUCCAGCCCCCAGUCUCCCAGCCCCACUGACCUUUCCACACCGACAUCCAGCUUCCUCACCCAACCCUCUUGCACUUCCAGCCCACCCUCUAGUCAGCCCCUCACAUGACCCUAGGACCAGCGGUCAGAGGGACUAGAUACCCUGGAAGCGCAAGACCCACACCAGGCUUUCACCAGAGAGAGACAUUGCUGGGUGCUUCCUGUGCCCUGACUGCAAAGGCUUGAGAGUCCACAAUGGUGCUGUUGACGGAGCACAGCACUGAGCAGUUCAGGAGGCUGCGGGUCCCACGGCAGCUCAUGGCCCUUCUCUGAGCCUCAGAGCACUUCUCUGGACUGUAACUGAGAUCAGAGUACACUGACUGCUGAACUGUGCUUCUCAGAGCUGUAAGCCUCCCAUAUUUCCCCUCCACAAGGACAGCUCCUGGUUUCUAUAUUUGAUAUAUAAGUGCUCUGCGAGAGAGUCGGAGUUUCUAAAGAGUGGUUUUACUGUAUUAAAAAAAGGCGGGAAAGCCAGAUGUCUGGAUCAUUUCCCAUCUACCCCACCCCACCUCCUACAUCCUGGGACUACACUGAAACUCUGGUGUGGGGACGGUGGUGGGCAGGGGGUUAGGGCAAAAGCAUGGAUCACUGUUAAUAAACAUUACAACCAAGA